AUGAAGCUCCAUCAACCGUCAUUCCGGCGCCUCUUGUCGCGCCCGUCAGCCAUUUGCAACGCUGCUCUUCCGAGAGCCAAUUGGUCCGCCACUGUCCGCGGUACUGGCCUGACCUCUGCUCGCUUAUUCUCGAAUCAUCCGCGAAGACAAUAUGCCUCUGUCUCUGCUGCUGAUCUACAAUUCGGACAACCAGUCUACGAGACUCACCCCCACGUUUUGAAACCUGGCGAAUUAACGCCCGGAAUCACUGCCCAGGAGUAUGCUGACCGCCGCGCCGCCCUCGUCGACCUCCUUCCCCAGGGAGCUGUUGUAGUCCUUCACGCUGCAUCGCUCCAAUACAAAUCUGGUGCUGUCUUUUACCCUUAUAGACAGGAGUCCAACUUCUUCUGGCUGACGGGAUGGGAGGAGCCUGAGGCGGUGGCUGUCAUUGAAAAGACGGGCUCGACGACGGGCGACUAUACUUUUCGACUCUUCGUUCAGCCUAAGAAUUCGAGAGAUGAGCAGUGGUCCGGCUACCGCAAUGGCGUGCAAGCCGCCGAAGACAUCUUCAACGCCGAUGAGGCCUACUCAAUAGACGGCAUGGGGUCCUUGCUGCCAGAUAUCCUCAACGGUGCAACCUCCAUCUAUGCCGACGCACAGCCUACAGAAAAGCCUAGCAAGAGCUCUAUCCUAGAAAUGUUCUCAGGCAAGACCUCAUGGCCCUCGCGAACACCACUCUAUCCUAUUAUGAACAGAUUGCGCGUUAUCAAGAGCCCUGCAGAGGUAGCCAACAUGCGGCGGGCGGGGCAAAUCUCCGGGCGCGCCAUCACUGAUGCCAUGCGACGACCUUGGACUCGGGAGAAGGAUCUGCACGCCUUUUUGGACUACCAAUUUACCAUCAACGGUUGCGAAGGCUCUGCGUACAUUCCCGUAAUCGCAGGCGGUGAAAGAGCUAACUGCAUUCACUACACAAUCAACAACAACGUCUUCCGUGACGGCGAGCUCAUCCUCGUAGACGCCGGUGGCCAGUAUGGCACAUACAUUACCGACAUUUCUCGAACGUGGCCGGCCACAGGCAGAUUCACUGCUGCACAGCGCGAUUUGUACGAAGCUGUCCUCACUGUACAGCGCAACAGCGUUGACCUUUGCCGACAAAACGCGCGCAUGUCGCUUGAGGACAUCCACGGCUUGACAGUACGCGGACUGAUCGACUCUCUGCGUUCGAUAGGCUUUGACGUGUCAAAUUCCAAUAUCGACCAGCUAUUUCCUCAUCACGUCGGGCACUACAUUGGUCUCGAUGUACAUGACUGCCCAGGCUAUCCGCGACGAGAGAUUCUCCGCCGCGGCCAUUGCGUCACUAUCGAGCCUGGUGUCUACGUGCCCGAUGACGAGCGCUGGCCCGCUCAUUUCCGCGGCAUGGGUGUCCGCAUUGAGGACAGCAUUUGCGUUGACGAGACUGAGCCGUACAUCCUCACCACCGAGGCUGUCAAGGAGGUUGCCGACAUCGAGGCUCUACGUGCAUAG